AUGGCUCAAUCACAACCGUCGAAUAUUGGCUUUGGCUUCACUGAGAAAGAUUACCCGCGACCAUUUGAUAAAUCAUCAGAGAUGACUCAAACAAAAUCGACAAUGAUCCAGAAUAUGACAUAUAAUACUGAGUCGCUUAUACAUCCUACAAAUAAUCUUCAAAGUCCAACAUUUGCUGAAGAGCAAGUAUUGUUCAGUAAGGAGGAGUCCACGGCAAAAGAACAAGCUAGGGAUCUGAAGGUCAAGAUGAUAGUCCGUGUGGCAAAAUUUGUGAUCCGAGGAGUCAGCUUCAGCUGUAGUCUUGUAGUUCUUACCAUGGUUUCUUUAGCAAUCUCAGUCUUUAACGUCACCAAACAUCUUCCGCCUCGGAAUCAUCUUCCUCCCUGGGCUACCGGUACUAAGACCUGGCCACAAGUUCUUGUGCUAGCCAUCUCUUGUACAUCGCUCUCUUUUUGUAUUAUUAUAUUCUGGAGCUAUUAUCGUGGAGGGCAUAGAAGAGCCGAAAAAGUUGCUGUUUACUAUACCCUCUUUGCCAUUGCGUUCUUUAUCUUAAAUACAGUCAUGUGGGCUGUUGCGGCUGGUAUCCUUCAGAGCUCUAGAAGCAGUGGUCAAAAUAAAGAUCUAUGGGGCUGGUCAUGUGUAGAUAAUAAAAGAAGGCGUUUAUUCUCAGAGAAAGUCGACUACGUCCUUAUAUGCAAGAUGCAGAAUUGGGUUAUGGUCUGUUGCAUCAUUGAGAUAGUUCUUGAAAGCAUAACUAUUCUCCUCUACACAGUUAUAUUUUAUCGUUACUAUACGAAACAGCGUCUCCGAAAAUCUAUGGAUGUUCGCGACCGCGCUCGUGCCGAUUUAGUACUAGCGCAAACUCGAUGUCAAUCGAAUUCUAAUCCUUCUAGUCUUAAACCGCCCUUACAGUAUCAAGAUCCUAAUACGCCUCGUUCACCACUUCCGUUACUUCAGACUCAGUUUAUGACCAAGGAGGGCGUCUUCUCUAAUGAUACUCGUUUUGUAGAGGUUUCACCGCACUCGCCUAUCCCCGCGAAGCCUUUUUAUCUACAACCCGUCCCUAACAAGGGUCUUUCAACCACACAGAUGUGCUCACAGCCUAAUAUCGAGCCUACAGUACUUUCCCCCUAUCGUCAAACAGGUCUACCUAAUGAACAGAAGUAUAGUUCUGUCUCCAUUCCUUGUGCCUAUACAAUGCCUCAUGCAUUUCAGUCUCUUCCGUAG